AUGUUCCACGAGAAGAGGCAACGUAACGUAAUCUGCCAUUCCAUCCGCAUCCAUCCAUCGAGGAAACGGCGAUUAUUUAUUUAUCGGACACAAUAAUGGCUUCAACCCAACAAUUCCGCUGUUUUAUGAUCUAUUCAGUCGACAUAGGAGGGCCGAGGAUAUCUCAGUCGUCGUCUUGAAGCCUCCAUUACCUCCGUCGCUUUCCCUGGCCUAGGCUGCUACCCACAAUGCAUUGCCAGGCUUUGUGUGUGUCAGACAGACCGAUGUAACUGUUGCUGCUGCUGCCACUUCACCAGCCAGUCCACUUCACAACAACGCAGCCGGAAGGUCCUGUUCUGGUUGAUCUUCUUCAUUCUUACUGAAAUCAUGUCUGGAUCAGGUGAUUUACCAGCCCUGGAGGGUCCUGGGAUGGGCGGGAUGAGGCUUCCCAUCGGGAUGACCCGACGAGCCCUCAGCUACGACGACAACAUGGAGGCCCCCAUGUCCACGCCCCCCCACGACAUCAGCAUCAACAACCUGUGGAGACGACCCAUCAUACCGGAGAGGAGGUUCACACACCUGGCUGAGGACGAUGAGAGUGGUGCAGUGAGUCAGUCUAAAGUGCCAUACAGCGCCCCCUCCAGGUCACCAGUUGUAGUGAAAACUAAGGCCUCCUCCAUGAUUAUGAACUCUCUCAUCACCAAGCAGACUCAGGAUAGCGUGUACAACUUCGAGCAGAGAGCCGGGCUCACCGACACCAGCUACACUCCCCACAAAGGUCUCACCGCCGAGGAGACCAGACUCCACCACCGCAUGCCCGAAUCACUCCAGAAACUACAGAUCCAGAGCAUGGAGGUCAAAGAAGAGCGGAACAACUCCUCCGCCCAGUCCACUCCAUCCAACACUCCUCACAGCUCCCCAAAGCAACAACAACGCAACAGGGGUUGGUUCGGCAGUACAAGUUCAGAGGUCAGCAUGAGCUCUUCCAACAGCAGCGUGGACCUCGGAGCAGGAGACGCAGCUGUUGAACGGUGGAGCGUGUUCGGGCCGCGGCCGCUCGUCCACAAGUCGACAUCUGACAUGGGAUCAGACCCUACAGCUCCAGCUGGCUUUGCUCUGCAGGCAUACCGCGGUGCCCACAAGCCGACCCCCAUGGAGGUAAUGAAGUCUCAGGCCACGCGGCUGGCUGACAACACCACCGCUCAGCAGGUGGCCCCUCCCAAGAUGGAGAUUCCCACGGUGGAGGGUCGACGGCAGGGAGCGCGACCACACAAGCUCAAACCAAGAGACAUGAACAUCCUGACGCCCUCCGGCUUCUGAGAGAACAUCUGCCGAAGCUGCUCGUCGCUCAGACGCCAAAAGGUCCCAUGAAAUGAAACUUACUCUGUGGUGUCAUCACGUGUUUGAAAUGACGUCUUCAUCCGUUGAUGUCAUUAUAGAUAUUCGGGGUGAAUCCUGCAGGUCUGACUUUGCAGAUAAAUCUGUUUGAGUACAACUUGGGUCUCAUUUUCGUAGUUUUGUACAUCAUUCCUGUCAGUAAUAAUAACAUUCAACUCAACAAGGUUAUCACUAGCGUUUCCAUUCAAGUAUUUUUAUGCACAGUUUUAAGUAUCACAUUGGAAAAGCUGUAUGAAACUGCAUGUAAAAACUUGUUAAACCUCAGAGCCGUUUCAUGGGACCUUUUAAAGCUGCUCCAACAUUCAGAUCACCAUUGUACUAUCCACCAUCUGCACCAUGGAAACAAUUCUCGAUAAAACAUUUUUAACAAUU